UAUUGUCAGGAUCGUCGUAUAGGUUUUCAGCAGGCACUAGUUGGUUUUUUGUGUUCACGCGCUGACAUUUUGAAUCGGAGACAUGGCUUGUGCCCUGUCAUCUUACCAUGACGUGGAAUCACCUUCCAAAAGGAUGGGACAAGGACAGGUGCAGGUGAUCUUCGGCCCCAUGUUCAGCGGCAAGACCACUGAGCUCAUCCGUCGCCUGAAGCGAUACCAGGUCUCCAAGCACCGCUGCCUCAUCAUCAAGUACGCCAAGGACACGAGGUACGACGAAGGCGGCAUCUCGACGCACGACCUGCAGACGCUGGCGGCCGUGUCGGCCACGUCGCUGGAGCCUCUGAAACGGAUCGCCAACACCGAGUACUCGGUCAUCGGCAUCGACGAGGGACAGUUCUUUCCCGACUGCGUGCCGUUCGCCGAGGAGCUGGCCAACCUGGGCAAGAUCGUCAUUGUGGCGGCUCUGGACGCGACCUUCCAGAGGCAGGCCUUCGGAGACAUCCUGCGGUUGGUCCCGCUGGCGGAGAGCGUGGUCAAGUUGAACGCCGUCUGCAUGCAGUGCUUCCGCACCGCCAGCUACACCAAGCGACGCGGACUCGAAACGGAGGUGGAGGUGAUUGGCGGCACCGAGAAGUAUCUGGCCGUCUGCCGCAAGUGCUACUUCGACUCGCCGCCGCAGAACGGCGCUGGCGUCGCCGUGGCCGCGUCGCCGGUCAAGAAAGCGCUGUUCAACGGCAGCUCCUGAUGAAGGACUGCACCCGCUUCACGCCGCGAAGCCGGUCUUCCAAUCUCCUCAGGGGAUCAGCCUGGACGUCCUGGACACGUGUGUGUGGUGCUUUG